AUGUCUUUGCCGAACGGUGUUGAUGUGUCACAGUUAGUUCAACAUCCUGUGCUGGCUGCUCUACCACCGUUUUUCCUCAGAGCCUCUGAGAGAUAUCAGAGGACGCCGAAGUGUGCGCGCUGUAGAAACCACGGUGUGGUGUCAGCGCUGAAGGGUCACAAGCGGUACUGCAGGUGGAGAGACUGUGUCUGCGCAAAAUGCACACUUAUUGCUGAGAGACAACGGGUCAUGGCCGCUCAGGUGGCGCUUCGAAGGCAACAGGCACAAGAGGAGAAUGAAGCCCGGGAAUUGAAUCUGUUAUAUGCUGGCCAAGCCUCCGCGCCUCAUCACUACACUGACAUACAAGAAGACGCGCCCGAUCAUUAUGCUCUGCCCACUUCUAUAUUCCCCGGUAUUUAUAAAUGUCCUUUCUACUCUAUACUCUAUGGUCUUGCAUCAUGGUUUCUUUCUCCACAUAGCAGAAUAAAUAGUUCAAAUUUGAGAAAUCCAUCCAAAUACUACGGCCAAUUGUUAAAAAAACAAUCCAGCUGCACACAAGCCACUUAA